CGGUUUACUGUAAGCUGCGGCAGCCCAGAGUCUGCUACUUUGGGCUGGGCUAACCUUUCCCUGUAAAAAAAAAAUAAUGGAUAAAAAUAUGCACUUCCAAAGUGCGAGUUGCCCGUUUACAUGUUUAUUAGCUAAUUGUCUACAGGCAUGAGCACACUCUCUCAUCUAGCACACUCUUUUUUGGGCACCUGUUGGAGGAAAUUCCUAACUACAGUGCCUCCAGAAAGUUUAUUGAGUACUUAUAUCUGAAAUAAAAUUGCUGCCAGAAUUUAAACUAAUGUGGAGGAAAGUAUUUCCUACCAGUCCCUAGUCUCAGAGUGGUGAACCCCUGCAGCUAGCAGGCCUUCUGAAAAAAAUCCAUGGGUGACAGAAGAUUCAUUGACUUCCAAUUCCAAGAUUUAAAUUCAAGCCUCAGACCCAGGUUGGGCAAUGCUACUACCAAUAAUACUUGCAUUGUUGAUGAUUCCUUCAAAUAUAAUCUGAAUGGUGCUGUCUACAGUGUUGUAUUCAUCCUGGGUCUGAUAACCAACAGUGCCUCUCUGUUUGUCUUCUGCUUUCGCAUGAAAAUGAGAAGUGAGACCGCUAUUUUCAUCACUAAUCUGGCCCUCUCUGAUUUGCUUUUUGUCUGUACCCUACCCUUCAAAAUAUUUUACAACUUCAACCGGCACUGGCCUUUUGGUGACACUCUCUGCAAGAUCUCUGGGACUGCAUUUCUCACCAAUAUCUAUGGGAGCAUGCUCUUUCUUACCUGUAUUAGUGUGGAUCGUUUUCUGGCUAUUGUCUAUCCCUUCCGAUCUCGUACCAUUAGGACCAGGAGGAAUUCUGCCAUUGUGUGUGCUGGUGUCUGGAUUCUGGUCCUCAGUGGUGGUAUUUCAGCAUCUUUGUUCUCCACCACGAAUGUCAACAAUGCAACCACCACCUGCUUUGAGGGCUUCUCCAAAAGGGUCUGGAAGACUUAUCUGUCCAAGAUCACAAUAUUUAUUGAAGUUGUGGGGUUUAUCAUUCCUCUGAUACUGAAUGUCACUUGUUCUUCUGUGGUGCUGAGAACCCUCCGCAAGCCUGCUACUUUGUCUCAAAUUGGGACCAAUAAGAAAAAAGUGCUGAAGAUGAUCACAGUGCAUAUGGCAGUCUUUGUGGUAUGCUUUGUACCCUAUAAUUCUGUUCUCUUCCUGUAUGCCCUGGUGCGUUCCCAAGCUAUUACCAAUUGCUUGUUGGAAAGGUUUGCAAAGAUAAUGUACCCAAUUACCUUGUGCCUUGCAACUCUGAACUGUUGCUUUGACCCUUUCAUCUAUUAUUUCACUCUUGAGUCCUUUCAGAAGUCCUUCUACAUCAAUACCCAUAUCAGGAUGGAGUCCCUGUUUAAGACUGAAACACCUCUAACCACAAAGCCUUCCCUUCCAGCUAUUCAAGAGGAAGUUAGUGAUCAAACAACCAAUAAUGGCGGUGAAUUAAUGCUAGAAUCUACUUUCUAGGUACAAGAAUUGUCUUCUGGUCCAGAUACAGUUUCUCCUAUGAUUUUUUUUUAUGCUAAGAUUUUGAAGCUAAUGAUACUGAGUAUAGAUCAGUGUACCAAAUACAGUCAGAUGCAUUUGUUUGAACAUUUAAUGUAAUAUGCUGUUUUGUUCAGUAAUUAUAGGUCAAGUCUAAUUACAACAACUGAAACAGAUCACCAGACUCUUCUGCUGGGUUGGAAUUUCAUGGUAUCAUGUUAUGUAAGUGGCCAGUGGCCUUCACCUUAGUGAUACACAGAUUACUUUAAACUUCUAAAAAGCUAUUUUCAUUCCAUUGAUUUUGGUAAUUGGGUUGGGCCUAUAAAUAUAGAACAAAUUCAGGGAUUAUUUAAAAAAAAG